AAUCGGUAGAGAAUUGGGUAAUAUGUCUUGCGGUAUUUACUUAAGACCUUUUAUUUUUUUAUUUUAAAUCCCACUGUGGUCAACUUAGUAUUUCGUCUUUUGUGGAAUUGACAGAAGAAGAAGAGAGUAUCAGUCAAAUUAUUAGUGUUGGUUGCGCUAGUUCAUCCAAGUGGAUCAUGAAAUUAUAAUGAAAAAUGAUACAGAACAGCUUUAUGAAAAGGAAAAAAAAACUGAGAAAAGGGAGAGAGGAUCCAGAUAAGAGUUGGCGGUGAAAUGAUAAAGUGGAGAAAGACUAAGCAAAAUGAGAUAUUUACAAAUGUACUCUAUUUAUUCAAGGGAGAUAAAUCUAAAUGUCAAUUUGUGACGAAGGUAUAUAAGUCACUGGAACAACAAACACUGUCGGUCUUCUCUCUUUUAAUCUGAGCUGUUAGCGCAAACCAUUGUAAAUUAAAAGCAGUUUCUCUAACAAUGUCAGACUCCAGUGAAGAAGAUGAAAGCCAGCUUCCCAGUGGAGCUGAAUGUAAAGAGAGAUGUGAUGAAUUUGUCAAAUUAACGGGGACUGACUCUGCUCUGGCUAUGUUCUAUUUGCAGAACUGUUCUUGGGAUUUGCAGUGUGCAGUAAACUUUUACUUUGAAAAAAAUGGAGGUGAGAAUACAAAUAAGAACAGCACCAGUGAUAGUAAAGAAACACCCAAAAAUACACCAAAACACCCUCAAGAAAACAAUGCAAUUAAUUCUUCUAAAAAGAAAAGGAAACGAGUUUCAUUAGAGCCUCAAGGUUUGCUACAAAAUGCUGCAAUUAGUGAAGAUAAACGUAUUCGUCUCCUGUCUUGGAACAUUGAUGGUUUAGACACCAAUAAUCUGAAGAGAAGAACCAAAGCUGUAUGUCAAGUCAUUGCCAAUGAGAACCCACAUGUCAUUUUCCUACAGGAAGUUGUGCCAGAAUCUCUUGUAGUUUUGAAGAAAUAUUGUCCUGAUUACCGAGUUUCUGCUUCCAGUGAUGUUGGCUAUUUCACUGUCACGUUAUUGAAGGAGUCUGAAGUAAGAACCGAAACUGAAGAAGUCUUCCCAUUUUUCUCCAGUGUCAUGAGUCGGUGUCUAUUAUUGACAGAGUGCAUAAUUAAAGAUGUUCCUGUCUUGUUAAUCAACACUCACCUGGAGAGUAUGGCUGGCCAUGCCAACGAGAGACAACGUCAGCUAAACAUUGGUUUCAAGAAAGUUCUGGAAACUGACAAGAAAAGGACAGUGAUAUUUGGCGGGGAUCUGAACCUACGAGAGAAAGAGUUGGUGAAUGUGGGAGGAAUUCCAAACCAAGUGACUGAUGUUUGGGAGGCAACAGGGAAACGUCCAGAGGCAAAGUUCACGUGGGAUACUCAGCGGAAUGAUAACAAAGGCUUUGAGGGCAAAUUUAAGCCGAGGUGCCGGUUUGAUCGCAUCUAUAUGCGUAAUUCUCAGCCAAAGGGUUUGAAGCCUGUAUACUUUGAACUUGUUGGUCUUGAACGCAUUCCAAAAUGUCAUCGGUUUGCUAGUGAUCACUGGGGAUUAUUGGUACAUAUAAACAUUGAGGCCUGAAUGCAGUGAGGGAUAGGUGGGGUGGUGGUGGUGGUAAAUGUGAGUGAAGAUAAGUGGCCUUGAAUAGUAAGUGAAUGGGUGCUGAGUGAGAGCUAUGAUGUGGAGUAGUGGUGAGUGGAAACUUAGAUGAUUGUUCUUGAGUUGAAGGGUCAGGAUAGUAGAGAUGGGUUGUGGUAGUGAGUAGGAGGUGUUAGGAUGAGUGGAAGUUGAAACGAGUGGCAAAUGAGUAGGAGCUAGAAUGAUAGUUUUGAGUAUGAGCUAUGAUGAGUGGAAGCUGGGGUGAGUAUUCUGUAGUGAUGGAGAGUGGUGUGAGAGAACUGAGGUGAUGGUGCUGCAUGAGAACUAGGUUGAAAAAUGGGAAAGACCACACUUGAAAUAAUUUCUGUUGCAUUAUCUUCAUUAAAUGAUUUUCUUUUUUUCUA